GACCCUUCAGUUCCCCGGGAGCAGGCGGGGAGAGAGGACGUGUGUUAGAGUGCUAGUCAACCUCCACCACCACUACCGCUACCUGAAGUUUACCUGUUACACUCUGCGGCUCACUCUCCCUGUUUCUCACUCUCUCCGCCACACCUCACGCCGGAUCUUUAUUCAAGUGCAAUAGCGGUGAGCACGGCUAGGAGGUCACCAUGCUGUCUUUCGUAAUGGUGUUGGGGGUGGUCACUGCCCUCGUGGUCCCCAGUGCCCAGGUGGUCUUCCUGCCGCCAGACUCGAGGGAAACAGAGACGUCAUUCUGGAUGGAGCACGGCCUGAGGGAGAUAAAGGAGGCCCUGCACCAGCCAAGGAUCACCAAUAAGGCCAAGAACGUGAUCCUCUUCCUCGGCGACGGCAUGGGCGUGACGGCGGCGACGGUGGGACGCAUCCUGAAGGGGCAGAAGAAAGGGAACUCGGGGGAGGAGGGCAGCCUCGUAUGGGACAGGUUCUCCAACAUCGCCCUGCUGAAGACGUACAACCUAGAUCGCCAGGUCCCAGACAGCGCCGCCACCGCCACCGCCUUCCUCGCUGGCGUGAAGGCCAACUACUACACCGUGGGUGUCAACGGCCACGUCAAGAUGAAGGACUGCCCCGCCUCCAUCGUCCCCGAGAACCAGGUGGACACGAUCAUCAAGUGGGCACAGGACGCAGGCAAAGACACAGGUGUGGUGACGACAGCCCAGGUGACCCACGCCACACCCGCCGCGGCCUACGCCAAGUCGCCGUUCAGGUACUGGCAGUGCGACACCAAGAUGAUGGCGGACGGGAACCAGACGCUGCCCUGCAAGGACAUCGCGCGCCAGCUGGUGGAGGACGAGCCGGGCAGGAACCUCAAGGUGAUCAUGGGCGGGGGGCGGCAGGAGAUGGGGGCGGGGCUGGAGCCUGAUGCCGAGAAGAAGUGCGUGCGGAGUGACGGGAGGAACUUGGUGACGGAGUGGCAGCAGGCGAAGGCAGCGGAGGGCGCCAGCACGGCCUACCUCACCACCACGGAGGACCUCAUGAACGUUGACCCCAAGAACACGGACUACAUCAUGGGGCUGUUCGGCGACCUUCACGUCCCUUAUGAGAUGGACCGGGACACGAGCCCCCAGGGAGCGCCCCACCUGAAGGAGAUGGUGAAGGUGGCGAUCAAGAAGCUCAAGAGGAACCAUAACGGCUUCUUCCUGAUGGUGGAGGGCGGCAGGAUCGACCACGCCCUUCACCACGCCAUGCCCCGCCGCGCCCUGGAGGAGCUGUUGGCCAUGGAAGAGGCGGUGCAGGAGACCAUGGAGGAGGUGGACCUGGAGGAGACGCUGGUGGUGGUGACGGCCGACCACUCCCAUGUCAUGACCAUGAACGGCUACCCCGUCAGAGGCAACGACAUCUUCGGCAAGGUGAUGAAUGAGGACGAUGUGUCUGACCACCUGCCCUACACCACUCUCAUGUUCACCAACGGGGAGGGCUUCAACUACACCUGGGACGGCCAAGAGGUGGUCCGGCGUAACCUGACCGGGGUGGACACGACCGACAAGGAAUUCAGGCCGCUCGCUGCCGUGCCCACCUACAAAGGCUCUGAGACGCACGGUGGGGAGGACGUGGCUGUGUAUGCCCAUGGCCCCAUGGCUCAUCUGUUCCACCGCGUCCAUGAACAGAGCUAUGUAGCCCACGUCAUGGCCUACUCAGCCUGCAUCGGCCCAUACACGGACUGCGACAGGCCGAAAAACACCCACUACAAGCAUAUCAACCACCACAACCAUGGCCACAACGUUGACGAUGAUGAUGGCCACAACAAGGCGUACUAUAGCCAAGGUGGUGAUGGUAAUGGUGGCGGCGCUGUGGUGUUGAGUAGUGGCGCUGCGGUGAUGAGCUGUGUGGCGGUGAUGGUGAUGAAGAUGGCGUGGUGGUGAGGAGCAUAGAGUGUUAGGGGAGUUUAUUUUUUGUUUGUUUGUUUUGUGUUUGUGAGUGUGGUGAUAAAUUUGGUGUUGUGGUGGUGGUGAGGAUACAGUGCAAAAGGUGCUGUGGUGUGUAUGUAUGUUGUGUGUGUAUUUGUAUGUGUGUAUGGUGUUUGUAUUAUAGUGACUGUGUGUGCAUAUGUGUGUGUGUGUGUGUGUGUGUGUGUAGGGCAUAUUAUGUGUGUAUGGUGUUUGUAUUAAAGUGACUGUGUGUGCAUAUGUGUGUGUGUGUGUGUGUGUGUGUGUGUGUCCAUCUUUAUCUGUCUAUAUAUGUAUGUAUCUUUGUCUGUGUCAGUCUGUAUCCGUGUGUGUGUGUGUGCCUGUGUGUCUAUGUAUCUCAAAUUUUACCUGCACGUACAUUUUAAUUAGUCUAGUUUGAGGUAGACAAAAAAUGCAAUCACCUGUAUGCUUGAGCCGGCAGGACCAAGGAAAAAAAGACAUAGAUAGGCUUAUACACACUUCCUUACCUGGCGAUGUACGUUCAGGUGUGCGUUUGUUUGUUUCGUGUAGGAUAUAUUUGUUGAUUCGUGCACAUCCUACCAAUUAGAAUCAUAGUGGGAGAAAACUGCACUGUUAGACUGGCCUGAGGUGUGGAGGUCAACUAUUGUGAGACUAAUGGAGUGUUUAUGGGAAGGGAGAGAAUUAAGAAGGCGAAUGUGAAGCAAGGGACAAUGAAGAAGAUAAAUUGGGGCAUAAUGAAAAAGAAGAAGAAUAUGACGUAGGAGAAGGUGAAGAAGAAGGAGAAGAAGAAAAGAAAACGAAAAAAGAAGAAGAAGAAGCAGAAGAAGAAGAAGAAGAAGAAGAAGAAGAAGAAGAAGAAGAAGAAGAAGAUGAUGACGUAGGAGAAGGUGAAGAAGAAAAGAAAACGAAAGGAAGAAGAAGAAGACGAAGAAGAAUAUGACGUAGAAGGUGAAGAAGAAGGAUAAGAAGAAAAGAAAACGAAAGAAGAAGCAGAAAAAGAAAGAAGAAGACGAAGACGAAGAAAAAAAAGAGAAGAAAACAAUAAGAAAAAUAGAAGGAAAAGAUAAUAAUAUGAAGAA